CUUUCAGGUUUUUUCUCUCCCCGCGCCCGACUUGGAGAUGUCUGGCCGAGGCAAGCAGGGCGGCAAGGCGCGCGCCAAGGCCAAGUCACGCUCGUCGCGGGCCGGCCUGCAGUUCCCGGUGGGCCGCGUCCACCGCCUGCUCCGAAAGGGCAACUAUUCGGAACGGGUCGGGGCCGGCGCGCCCGUGUAUCUGGCGGCCGUGCUCGAGUACCUGACGGCCGAGAUCUUGGAGCUGGCGGGCAACGCGGCGCGCGACAACAAGAAGACGCGCAUCAUCCCGCGCCACUUGCAGCUGGCCAUCCGCAACGACGAGGAGCUCAACAAGCUGCUGGGCCGCGUCACCAUCGCGCAGGGCGGCGUUCUGCCCAACAUCCAGGCCGUGUUGCUGCCCAAAAAGACCGAGAGCCACCACAAGGCCAAGGGCAAGUGAGGCCGCGGAGGUGGGCCGGUAACGGCCGCGCGCCCCAGGGGCCCCGUGACACCAAAGGCUCUUUUCAGAGCCACCCCCAGCCUCACGAAAAGAGCCGCACUGAACACGCUUCCGUUCCUUGUCCUAGGGCUGCGUUCUCCCGGGCGCACGGGGAACCGGACACGAGACACGAUCCGGGCUGGUGCGCCGCCGCGGGUGCGGACGAGCACGUGGCCGCCCUCACCCCAAGCUACCGCUCGCCGUGAGGGUGCUUGUCCCUGUGCUACUGGGCCACGUUGAGACGCCAGGGACAGGCCGCUUGCCUACUCCGGGCCUGCAGAACCCGGUGGGUUCACUGGGUACUGGAGAAGCGUCCUUAGUGGAGAGAAGGAGCCACGUAAACCUUAGGAUUUACAUUUAAAAAUGUGAAGGUGCUUGAGCGGGACGAUGUUUCGAAGUUUUUGGAAACCAUCCGAGUUCUGAUCUGAUCUGAACAUGAGGGUCUCGAAAAGAGUUCCUGUUCUAGAGGCGUUUGCAAUCUUUUCUAAGAAACCAUUUUUAAGGUCUACUCAACCAGGGCUUCCUAGACACCAUCUGGAGCUCAGCACACAUCUGCUGGUUUUAGGAAAAUAGUCUCAUGCUGUGAAAGAAAUUCACACCCAGGGUGUGCAAGCCUGACCUAUCCACGUGGACCAGAACACAGGACUCCACUGCAGCGGAGGAACAUAGCAGAGCACGUGUAUCAGCAGGCCCCAUGUCAGGGACACAAGCUGCAAGGAUGUCCCAGACACUAGAGAGCCUUCUGGAGAUUGAGCUGGCCAUCGUGUGUCCAGUGACAGUCUUCAGCUCUAGCAGAAAUUUGUGUUUAUGCAUUGAUAUUGAUGUAUGUAUGUAUGUAUGUAUUGAUGUCAUUGUAUGUCAUCAAACUCCUCCGUGGCAUUUAAGAAAUGCUGAAUUUUCAGGG